AUGUCGCGCGCGUCGCCGACGUUCGUGGACACGCACGCGCACGUCGACGUCGUGCUGGAUAAACUCGGCCUGCCCUCCGCGGAUGCGUACCUCGAGUACGCCGACGCGUUCGCGCGCGAGCACGGCGCCGCGGCCGCGCUCGAGGCGUGCGUCACGAUCGGAUGCUCGGAGAAGAGCCUCGCGAGCGCGGCGGCGGUCGUGGACGGGAGCGAGAGAAUGUUCGGCGCGUACGGGUGUCACCCGCUGAGCGCGCGAGAGUGGACGAGGACGAGGACGCGCGUUCGCGAGAUGUUGACCACGGGCGCGCGCGUCGUCGCGGUCGGAGAGACGGGAUUGGAUUAUCACAGGAUCCGCGACGACGCGGAGGACGGGGAGGACGCGGAGGCGUACAAGACGACGCAAAGGGACGCGUUCGCGGAGCAAAUGCGCUUGGCGACGGAACUCGGGCUGCCGCUCAUCGUGCACACGCGAGAGGCCGAGACGGACACCGUCGCGAUGAUGAAGGAACAUUUACCCGCGGACGCGCGCGUGCACGUGCACUGCUUCACGUCGAGCGUCGGGAUGGCGAUGGAAUUGUUGCGCGCGUUUCCAAAUUUGUGCCUCGGCUUCACCGGCGUAUCGACGUUUAAAAACGGGCAGGACGUUCGCGACACGAUCAAAGAGGUACCGCUCGAUCGCAUUUUGCUCGAAACCGACUCGCCGUACAUGGCGCCGGUUCCAUUCAGAGGGCAAACGUGCCACCCCGCGAUGGGCGAGCGCGUCGCGCACGCCGUCGCCGCCGUGCACGAAGUCGACGUCGAGGAAGUCUUCGCGCGAUGCCGCGAGAACACGAGGCGCGUGUACGGCAUUUAA